AACUGAACGGCCCCACGGUGGAUGCGGACGAGGCGAGGCCGAUGGGCGCGAUCUAGCGCCGCUCGCCAUCCUAGCCGGCACGGCCGCCCGUGCGGCUGCCCUGUGCUGCUGUGGGCUUCCACCGCGCAGCCUGGCACUUCGGCCGCGGAUUACCGCCCCCGGCCGCUCGAGAGGAGCUCGAGCGUGCCCGCGAUGUUCCCAAAUGUCAGGAGGGGAAGCUCGGGGCGACCCGACCUCGCAGCAGCCGGUCGGCGGAAGAGCGUGGCCGCGUGGGUGAGCCAUCGAGCGGACGGGGCAGAGCACAGAUCACAGAGCGCAGGCAUCGCCCCCUCCCCCCCCCACCCUCCCCCGGGGCUUUCGCCGCCUUCCCGCCGGCCGAGGCGCUUUCCAUGGGAUUUCGUGUCGGUGUCGGAUUCAGGUCCGGUUUGUGCUCUAGCUAUCCGCAUACUUCAACCAGGUAUGCUUCUCGGCUCUCGCUUCCAUCUACAGACGGAAAAGUAAAGGAGAGCCCGCUACCGAAACACCUGUUCUGAUCCAACCCACGGCGGCUCGAGCGGUGAGGAGAGGGGGAGGCCGUCGAGGCUGACCGCCGCUAAUGGCGGCGAGGAGAGGUAGUCCGGGCUCGCUGGCGGACGCAUUAGAAACAAAAGAAUCGGGAGACCAAGGGCCGGUUCCUAAUAAGAGGACGAAGAUUGAGGCGGCGGCGGCGGAGUUGGUGGGCGGUAGCACCACUACUGGCUCCGAGGCGAAGCAGCAGGGGAGGACGGUGGCGGCAGCGGCAGCAGCAGACGGCUCCAGUGCCUUACGUGCUGCACCCAUUACCAACACCACGUCUCUUCCUCCUCGCUGCCAGACAAUCCACAUGUCUGGCAAACGGAGGAUGUUCCAGCGUCCUGUAAAAGAUCCUCGUGGAAACCUUCCUACUCUGGUGAACCCCAAGGACCCGGAUACUGCUGAGAGUGUCUCCAACUCGAGACAAGGCGCUGGUUCGGAAUGUGGCACGCUCAACUGUCAGCAUCUCCUCCAUUGCGCUCGAUGGGAAGGUCACUUACGGAGGGACUGGCAUCUUCAUUGGUUGGAAGGAGACCAAGAAGUGCGCUAGAGUAUUGACUAGUUCUGAAAUUGUACAUGGACUUAAUCCCAAUAAUAAGCUACACAUUUGCUUGCCAAAUAGGAGCAUCUUCGAGGGGCAACUUUUGUUCUUCAAUAAGCAUUAUGACAUUGCUUUAUUGGAGAUCUCGUCAGAUUCAGACUUACCUUUGCAACUCCCCACUUUUGGAUGUAACCCAAACUAUGGUCAGGAUGUUUUCAUUUUGGCUAGGGGCGAAGAGUCUAAUCUGAUGGCCAGGCAUGGUAGGAUCUUGUGGUCUGAAGAUCCAGAAUAUUUAAAUCACAACCACCUCAUGCUUCUUAGCUGUGGACCUCCUGAGUAUAUCACUGGAGGACCAGUGAUUGAUCAUGAGGGCAGUGUCGUUGGGAUGACAUUGGAUAAUAGUGGUGAGCAUGCUAAUAUUCUUGCCAUCUCCACCAUCCUCACAUGCAUUGAAAUGUGGAUGAAGUUCAGUCGUAUUGCUCGCCCCGUACAUGGUUUGAGUUUAAGGACAGUGGAGCUGCUGGAGGCGUCGCUCCAGGAGGUGAUAUCUCUUGAUCACAACAUCAACAAUGGCUACAUUGUAGAUGAGGUAUCAAUUGGUUCUACUGCUGAGAAGCUUGGCAUUAGAAAUGGAGAUGUGAUUGUUUCUCUUGAUGGGCUGUGUGUUCAAACUCUACCUCAGUUGGAAGAUUAUCUUCUCUCUCUUGGUUGGGAUUUCUUGCAGGGAAGCACUGAUUCAAGUUCCACCGUAGAUCUCAAGCUUGAAGUUUAUGAUCUCCUCGAACGUGGUACAAGAAGCAUCACCUUGCCCGUUGAAAUAUGUGAUGCUUCAGAAUGAGAAAAAUACGAAACCAACAUACUGUUUAUCAGUGCCGAGGACUCCAUAUGGUGAUGCAAGAUAGCGAUGGAACCUUCUCUCUGUGUCAUAUUCCGCUGCAAAAAUAUCAUACCUUCUAUUUAUAUCCUCCUCGGGAUGUAUGGAUAAGGAUACUAUCAUAUUAAUAUUAGCACACUGCGAACUUAGUGACUGUGUAAUGCAGUAAUUAACUCGUUGUUUAGCUAAUUUCCUCCUACAUUAGUCCUGCUGGUUGGUAUGCUAUAAUCGCCAGAUACGGUUCUUUGUCAAUGUGCUCAAUUUGUAGCUAAAGUUGCGGACAUGGCUAUGCUCCUAUUUGUUCUUCUGUUAGUUAUAGGCCGGUUGUUCAAUCCUGCUUCCUAUUGGGUGAAUAAUUGGAAUUGAUUAA